GAGCUACCUAGCUGUUCCGGUGAUCUGAACGUCAGAAUGGGUUGCUGCCAGCUUCCUCCGAAAGUCAAGCGCAAUGGCGUCCCCUGACGCACCCCCUCCCGAGCCAAAGCCGCAGGGAGGCCCCUCAAAAGCUCCCAGGUAUCCCAACCCUCCCGAAGUGAAGCCGCCGAAGUGGGCAAAUCCCCCGGAAACGGAGAUUCCUGACCCGACAACGCUCCGGGAGCAGUGGAGAUAUGCGCAGCGGAUGUAUGGGCGCUUGUACGGGCAGGCUUGGGGAACGGCUAUCAUUGCCGGGGUGGGGCUCUAUGCAAUAGGCUAUUGGUGGAAAGGGAGCAACCCAUUGCUGCCGAGCCCGAGUAAGAAGGAGGAGAAGAGAAGUAGCUGAUCUGGCGGAAAAGGGAAGGGGUCAGAGUAGGGGGGCAACCGAGAGGGGGAAAGGCAGCCACCCGGUUUCAAGCUUUUGUCACUCUGUGCCUGUUGGAAGAAUCUGGUUUGAUGGGGCUCCUGGAAAUGGUUGGUUGAGUGGUGGUGUAAGUAAGGGACUAAAUUUGGACAUUGAGUCUAAGGCCAGGCUGUGCAUGGCACCAAUUGGUGGCUCGCAAAGCGGAACCCAUACACGUGCUUCAGAAUGCGAGGCAGCAGAGUCUGUCAUUUCAACCAAAGCGCCACCCAAGCCCGUCGCGUACUAUUGUCAGGACUUUGCCUGGGAGGAGCUUCAGAAAGUGGUGGAGAGCAAUGCUGCUUUGUCGCAUGCUUGGAGCAGUUCAGUUGAAGACGAUCUUGCAAUCAGCAACAGUACAUAUCAUUCUCAUGGAGCGAGAGAGCAAUGCCGAGAGUCAAGUUUGGAGACGAGGCGAAGCAGCAGUGGUGUGAAUAGGAGUGGUCUCAUUGGGACGGCUGGGACAGCUCUGCCUCAUGAGCACGCGUGGGAGGGUUUUCACACCAAGCACACCACCGCGCGGUUCUUCAAGGAGCGGCGCUACCUGUUGGAGGAGUUUCCAGAGCUCAAAGCAGGGCGGCUGAAGAUUCUGGAGGUUGGGUGCGGCAGUGGCAGCACGGCGAUUCCCCUCCUAACCGGAAACCCCCAAACCCUACUGCAUGCCUGCGACUGCAGCCCCACUGCUGUGGCCCACACCGCAGCCGCCGUUCAAAGGGCGAUUGGGAGCCUCGAAGCUGCCCGGAGGUUUAAGGGGUUCUGUUGGGAUGCCGCUUUGGAACCCUGCCCUUUACUGGGGAGGGUACGAUUGGAGGGUUUGCAGGAAACAGAAGGUUUGGAGGAGACUGAGCGAGGGAGGGGGGGUUUGACAGCGGUGGCAAGCGGGGCUGACAAUGGGCGGGCGGAAAGAGGUGGGGUGUAUGGAGAAGCAAUAAGAGGGGCGAAUGUGGACCUGCGAAGCAGCGGGAGUGGUGGCGAGGCAAGCGGGAUUUGGUUGGGCGUGGGAGAAAACGAGGGGAUCAGAGAGGGGGUGUGGGGGGCAAGCAGGAUUGAACUGGGCCAGCAAACCAUUGGGGAAGGAAAUGCUGAGAGGGAGUGCGGGCAGCAGUCGGGAUUAGUAACAGUCCGGGCAGCGAGCAUGGGCGGCUGCGCAGGCGAUUGCGAUGCAAAGAGGCCUUGUACAGAGAGCGACGAGCAUGCCUGUACUAUAGUCGACCCUGCUGAGGGGCAGGCAAGUGUACAUACAGAGUGUACAGUAGGGGGCGGUAGAAACGAGCCAAGUAGCCCUCCGGGUAGAAUAGGUGGGCCCAAGGAACCGGGUAGCCUUAGAGCAAAUUGUUUGUGCGAGGAACUAGAAGUGGGAGGAUUAGGGGAUAGUGAAAGCGGGGCCGACCAGGUGGGAGAGAGCAGUGUGCUGCAGCGGGGGCUGAGUGACGCGGUACUUGGGCCAGGAGACGGGUUCGACUUCGUCACGCUGAUCUUCACGCUGUCUGCGGUUCACCCCGAUCACAUGCCCUCGCUGCUGAGAAGGCUGCACCAGCUGCUGCGCCCAGGAGGGGCGAUCCUCUUCCGAGACUACGGCCUGUACGACAUGACCAUGCUGCGCUUUCCCCCCGGCCAGAAGGUGGGCGACCGGCUGUACCGCCGGCUGGACGGCACGCUCUCCUACUUCUUCUCCAAGGAAGCGCUCGCGCAGCUGGCCACCCAGGCCGGAUUCACAGUAGUGGACUGCGAGUACUGCUGCGUGACCCUGGUCAACAAGCGGAAGGGGAUCCAAAUGAAGCGGGUGUGGCUGCAUGCGCGGCUGCAAAAGUGGACCGCGAGUACUGCUGCGUAA